ACGUUCAUAAAUGCGAUCCUCAGAAGUGCUUUAUAUGUCGGUGUGUUGCUCUUAAUAAGUGAGAUUAAGAGGAUGUCGGAGUGUGAGCCUCGAAAGCGUCAGAAGCUGCAGGAGUCUCUUCAUGAAGGAAGCAGGACUGAAGAUGCAGAGAAAACACAGAAAGCAGCUCCUGAAGCUUCAUCACAGAUCAGAAACAGCCGGACUCUGGAGGACUGGCUGCUAAAGAAGCCCGCGGUGACCCGGAGCCGCCCUCCUCCUGACCCUGACCCCGACCCUGACCCCGAGCCCCAGGAGGAUCCGAUCCCCGCUCCGCGAACCGCAGCAGCGUCUGACGGAGAGCAAAGCCCGGUAACCUCCGGGAUAAACUCCGCGAUCAGAGCCAGACACACAGCGACGCGCAGAAUCACACACUUCUUCUCUUCUUCAAAUCCGCGCGGAGGAAGGGCAGCUGCAGCAGGGGCUGAUGGGAAGGCGUUGGGAGCUGGUGUUCCUCUCAGUGACCUGCGGAGGGCGCCGGCGUGCAGCGGUCCGUUACCGGCCCUGAAGCCCACCGACAGACACACGGUUCUGAUCCGGACUGAUCUGUUGCAGUCCGGUGAAGCUCCAGAGCCACAUCCAUCUCCAGAUCAGCUGCAGGACCGCUGGGACGACACACACACACACACACACGUCAAACUACCCUGCUCCACACACAACCUGUUCCCCACGGACCUCACGGUGACACACACACACACACACACACGUCAAACUACCCUGCUCCACACACAACCUGUUCCCCACGGACCUCACGGUGACACACACACACACACACACACACACACGUCAAACUACCCUGCUCCACACACAACCUGUUCCCUACGGACCUCACGGUGACACGCACACACACACACACACACACAAACACACACGUCAAACUACCCUGCUCCACACACAACCUGUUCCCCGCGGACCUCACGGUGACACACACACACACACACACACACACACACACACACACGUCAAACUACCCUGCUCCACACACAACCUGUUCCCCGCGGACCUCACGGUGACACACACACACACACACACACACACACACACACACACACACGUCAAACUACCCUGCUCCACACACAACCUGUUCCCCACGGACCUCACGGUGACACACACACACACACACACACACACACACACACACACACACACACACACACACACACACGUCAAACUACCCUGCUCCACACACAACCUGUUCCCUACGGACCUCACGGUGACACACACACACACACACACACACACACACACACACACACACACACACACGUCAAACUACCCUGCUCCACACACAACCUGUUCCCCACGGACCUCACGGUGACACACACACACACACACACACACACACACACACACACACACACACACACACACACACAAACACACACGUCAAACUACCCUGCUCCACACACAACCUGUUCCCCACGGACCUCACGGUGACACACACACACACACACACACACACACACACACACACACACACACACACACACACACACACACAAACACACACGUCAAACUACCCUGCUCCACACACAACCUGUUCCCCACGGACUGCACUGUGACACACACACACACACACACACACACACACGUCAAACUACCCUGCUCCACACACAACCUGUUCCCCACGGACUGCACGGUGACACACACACACACACAUACACACACACACACACACACACACACACAUACACACACACACACACACGUCAAACUACCCUGCUCCACACACAACCUGUUCCCCACGGACUGCACGGUGACACACACACACACACACACACGUCAAACUACCCUGCUCCACACACAACCUGUUCCCCACGGACUGCAUGGUGACACACACACACACACACACACACACACACACACACACACAAACACACACGUCAAACUACCCUGCUCCACACACAACCUGUUCCCCACGGACUGCACGGUGACACACACACACACACACACACACACACACACACA